AGAGUGAGGUAGUGAGGGAGUGUUUUAAAGCCAGCAGGAGGCAUGAUGUCCUACAUUAAGCAACCCCAUUACGCCGUGAACGGGUUAACGCUGUCCGGCCCGGGCAUGGAUCUGCUCCACUCAGCCGUGGGAUACCCCAACACUCCGCGUAAACAGCGUCGGGAGCGCACCACCUUCACGCGCGCACAGCUGGACAUCCUCGAGGCUCUGUUCGCCAAAACGCGCUACCCAGACAUCUUCAUGAGGGAGGAGGUGGCCCUGAAGAUCAACCUGCCGGAGUCCAGAGUCCAGGUCUGGUUCAAGAACCGUCGUGCAAAGUGCCGCCAGCAGCAGCAGCAGAGCACGGGUCAGUCCAAACCUCGGCCCCCUAAGAAGAAGGCAUCUCCGGCUCGUGAUGCCAACUCCGAGGCCAGUGCCAACACCGCCAACGGAGCCUACAGUCCUCAGCCGCCUCCUCCGGGCACCUCCAUCACCCCCAGCUCCAGCUCUGCCAGUGCCACGGUGUCCAUCUGGAGCCCGGCCUCCAUCUCCCCGCUGCCGGACCCCCUGUCCGUCUCCGGCACCCCCUGCAUGCAGCGGGCCUCCGCCUACCCCAUGACCUACACCCAGGCCCCGGCCUACAGCCAGAGCUACGGGGGCUCUUCCUCCUACUUCACGGGUCUGGACUGCAGCUCCUACCUGUCCCCCAUGCACCCUCAGCUGUCGGGCACCGGGGGCGCCCUGAGCCCCAUCACGGCCUCCUCGAUGGGGGGGCCCCUCAGCCAGUCCCCGGCCUCGCUCUCCUCCCAGGGCUACACGGCCGCCUCGCUGGGCUUCGGAGCCGUCGACUGUCUAGACUACAAGGACCAAGCUGCCUGGAAGCUCAAUUUCAAUGCCACUGACUGUCUGGACUACAAGGACCAGAACUCCUGGAAGUUCCAGGUCUUGUAA